CACUAAUAUGGCGGCGUAAUUUUACCAGAGGAUAUUUCCGGUGAGGCCUUUUUCUGCAUUAAAGUAGUUUUAAUUCAUACGAGAAGCGCUACUCAUGACAACAAUCUACCCUCCAUGACUCUCCAUUCGUGUUUCACGCAGAAGUGACAGCAUUACUAGUUUCAGUUCGUUGACUGUCUGACAUGGAAGAAGAUCUUGUACAGAACAUGGAGGAGGAGGAUGAUGAAGAUGAGGAUGAGAGGGUCUUUGAGUGGGAUGCAGGAGAUGAGGAGGAUGCAGACUUCGACUGGCUGCAGGAGGAGCAGGAGGAGGCGUUUGCGUCCAGAGCGAGUCCAGCGGAGCGCAGCGGUCACAUCGCCGUCACAGACGGCUGCUGUAUGUUCGUCUGGGGAGGAUACAAGAAUGCAGAUGCUGAAGCUACUGAAUUUACUGACUUGUACUUGCCGAAGAAUGAAAUCUGGAUCUACAACAUGGAGACAGGAAGAUGGCGAAUGAAGCGUUCGGAGGGCAAGGUGCCGAACUCGAUGUCGGGCAGCUGCGGCUCCAGCGUGGACGGCGUUCUGUACGUGUUCGGCGGACACCAGGCCCGAGGAAACACUAACACAGUCUAUCGUCUGCCGCUGAGAGCGACUGUGCUCCGCUGGGAGAAGAUGAGAGGUCUGACGGGCCUGGCGCCGACCUGCAAAGACAAGCUGGGCUGUUGGGUUCACAGAAACAAGCUGGUGUAUUUCGGUGGAUACGGCUACAUCGCGCAGCCCGGCCACAGAGGAACGUUUGAACUAGAUGAGAACUCGUUCAUGGGCAACCACGCAGGGCGAGGCUGGAACAAUCACAUACACAUUCUGGAUCUGGACACGUUGUCGUGGAGCCAGCCAAUCACAAAGGGAACCGCUCCGACGCCGCGGGCCGCUCACGCCUGCGCCACCAUCGGGAACAGAGGCUUCGUCUUUGGAGGCCGUUACAGGGAUCAUCGUCUGAAUGAUCUGCACUGCAUCAAUCUGGACACGUGGGAAUGGAGUGAGAUGUGUGUUCCUCAACACGGUCCCGCCGGACGCUCCUGGCACUCGCUCACCCCGGUGUCACCUGAUCAUCUCUUUCUGUUCGGCGGCUUCACGACUGACAGAGAAACACUGAGCGACGCCUGGCUUUACUGUGUCAGCACGAACGAGUGGAGGCCGUUUGAUCACGAGCACACCGAUCGACCCAGAUUGUGGCACACGGCGUGUUUAGGUGCUGACGGGGAAGUGUUUGUGUUCGGAGGAUGUGCAAAUAAUCUUCUCUCUCAUCAUCAAGCGGCUCAUAGCAACGAAUUAUUGGUUUUCACGGUUCAGCCCAAUUCGUUGGUCAGGCUCUGUACAGACGUGGCUGUCCGGCACCGGAAACAGCUGGAGCACAUGUGGGACGUCCUGCCCAAAGCCCUGCUCCAUCGGCUCCAGCAGAGAACCAUGGGAGAUUCCUAGAGGACAAUCACAUGAAAACUAUGCCGCAGAGACUUUUAUGACGGGCUCAUUAUUGUAUCUCAUAAUGGAUUGGGAAAGUGAGACUUGAAUCUCAUGUAGCAGAAAAAUGAUUUAUUCCGCCGGACAACACAGCGACGCCCAAAUUGAUUUCAACGUUUUCAGAUACAUUUAUUAUUAACGCCACAUCUACAUUAAAAACGUCACCAUCAAAUACUGGUCAAUGGUCUUUAUUGGUCGUCACAAUUUCUAACAAAAUUUCCCAGUUGUAAGAAUACAAUCAACGCUUUGUGUGGAAAAAAAAAAAAAAAAAAAACUACCAACAUUUGGGGAAUAAACUGAAAUCUGUUUUCCAAACCCACUGAUUCACACAUUUACUGAAAUUAUUUGACAAAUUCCCAUGAUUCAUCACAACUCAAGAUUUUCUGACGCAGAUUUGUACAAAAAGACAAAAUGUUGUAUUGAUGUGUUUUUUUUUUUUGUUUUUUCCAACAUGGAAAAUAAAUGGAGCUGUGUUCACAUUUA